AACGAGCACAAGUUUCCGUGAUUGACACUUCAACGCAUGAAUAUCGGAAGACGGAAAGUGAAAAAUACAUUCAAUUGAAACUUUCCUUCUCCUUUCUUCUGUGCUUUCUUUCUUCCAAGAUCACAAGUGGUCAAGAAGUUGGUCUCUCUCUCUCUGAGCAAUUACCCGCUAAAACGUUGUUGAUGAAUGUUAUAGUCCAAUUUACCGCUUAAUUUCUCACCCUUCUAUCUUCAAAUUUUAUUCUCAGUAAUUCAUUCUCAAUUAUUGACUCAAAUCUACUCUCUGGAUUCUGCGGUGUUAUUUCGGGUUCGCGCAAAUCGAAAAACUGCGGCCUUUUCUUCUGCGUCAUCCAUCCGAACAGGUUGGGCUAUAUAUAUAUAUAUAUAUAUAUAUUGAGGAAUUGACUGAAUAUCUAUUUCACUAUCUCCUCCUAUUGUCCUCGUUUGCAAACCCCAAGGAAGACUGAGGCUUCUGAAGAAGAUAUGGGUUCCGUUGAGGAUGAUAACUCGCUUGUGGAAGAGGGUCUUCUUCAGGAUGAAAGGAGUGAACGAUACACAGGAGAUGGCUCUGUUGACUUUAAGGGGAGGCCUGUUCUUAAGCAGAAUACUGGCAAUUGGAAAGCUUGUCCAUUUAUUUUAGGCAAUGAGUGUUGUGAGCGUUUAGCAUACUAUGGCAUUGCAACAAAUCUUGUUACCUAUCUUACAAGCAAACUACAUGAAGGGAAUGUCUCUGCCGCAAGAAAUGUCACCACUUGGCAGGGAACAUGCUAUCUUACUCCUCUUAUUGGAGCUGUCCUUGCAGAUGCUUACUGGGGAAGAUACUGGACAAUUGCCGCCUUCUCAGCAAUCUAUUUCCUCGGAAUGUCUACGUUGACUCUUUCUGCAUCUGUUCCAGCAUUAAAGCCUGCAGAAUGUGUGGGUUCUGUAUGUCCAUCAGCUACUCCUGCACAAUACGCUGUGUUCUUCUUUGGUCUCUAUCUGAUUGCCCUUGGGACGGGUGGAAUCAAACCAUGUGUGUCAUCUUUUGGGGCAGAUCAGUUUGAUGAUACUGAUCCUAAGGAAAGGAUUAAGAAGGGAUCCUUUUUUAACUGGUUUUACUUUUCUAUCAACAUAGGCGCUCUUGUAUCAAGCAGUUUAAUUGUAUGGAUUCAGGAAAAUGCAGGCUGGGGUCUUGGAUUUGGCAUUCCUGCUUUAUUUAUGGGCUUAGCUAUUAUAAGCUUCUUUUUAGGCACACCCCUCUAUAGGUUUCAAAAACCAGGGGGAAGCCCUAUUACGAGAAUGUGCCAAGUUGUGGUAGCAUCUUUCCGGAAACGGAGUCUGGAUGUCCCGGUGGAUAGUAGUCUCCUGUAUGAGACAGCAGAUAAGAACUCUGCAAUUGAAGGAAGUAGGAAACUGGCACAUAGUGAUGAACUAACGUGCCUUGAUAAAGCAGCCAUUGUCUCUGAUGUUGAGAUCAAAAGUGGGGACUAUUCAAAUCCAUGGAGACUCUGCACUGUGACCCAGGUGGAGGAAUUAAAAAUAUUGGUCCGCAUGUUUCCAAUUUGGGCAACUGGAAUUGUUUUCUCUGCUGUUUAUGCUCAGAUGUCCACUAUGUUCGUGGAACAAGGAUCAAUGAUGGACACAAGUAUUGGUUCAUUCACUAUUCCUGCUGCCUCCCUCUCAACUUUUGAUGUCAUAAGCGUUAUUUUCUGGGUCCCCAUCUACGACAGGAUAAUCGUUCCAAUGGCAAGGAAAUUUACAGGCAAGGAAAGGGGCUUCUCAGAGUUGCAGAGAAUGGGAAUUGGCCUACUUAUAUCAGUCCUUUGCAUGUCAGCAGCUGCUAUUGUGGAGAUUAGACGCCUGCAGCUUGCAAGAGAGCUUGGCCUUGUGGAUAAAGAUGUUGCUGUACCCCUUAGCAUAUUUUGGCAAAUCCCUCAAUAUUUCUUGUUGGGUGCGGCAGAGGUGUUCACAUUCAUCGGGCAGAUCGAGUUCUUCUAUGAUCAAUCUCCAGAUGCGAUGCGGAGUUUAUGCAGUGCCCUGUCAUUACUAACUACUUCCUUGGGAAAUUACCUGAGCUCCGUCAUUGUGACUGUUGUAACUUACAUAACAACACAAGGCGGACAUAUUGGAUGGAUUGCUGAUAACUUGAAUGAGGGUCAUCUAGACUACUUUUUCUGGCUUUUAGCCGGACUUAGCUUCUUGAAUUUUCUGGUUUACCUAGUCUGCGCUUCAAGGUACAAGCAGAAGAAGGCCUCUUAGGAUAUUUCUGGCGUUGUUACAGAAAUCCACGCAGAAGGGUCAAGGAUCUGGCGGAUUAGGAGUACAUCCAUGAUUUCUUCUUUCUGUCAUGAUUAUGACUGUUGUGUUUGUGAAUUAAGGAUGCUCAGCAAUUAUGUAAUAUAUUUAUUUCUACGGACAUUAUGUCAUAUAUCUCUCUAGGGACAAAAGGAAAUGUUCAUUCUGUGCCUGCUUGAUUGUGGGAAUGCUGCAUCCCACAUAUAAAUGUAAAUUAUCAUCAGUACUCGUGCUUCCAUGAAUUCUGGGUAAUUUUUUGAUGGAUUAAAGUUCGGCGUCAAUUUGAUUUC